AUGGAUCAGUAUCCAUCCGUAACCCGAACUCUCACUGCAGCCCCGUCGGCUGAGAAGUCUAGCCAGCUGCUCAUCCGCGAAUAUCCUCAUCGAGCUAUCGCCAUUAGGACGCCGACUCAUGCCUUGAUAUUCCGAUAUAGCCCUAGCACGAGCGAGGCAAUCGCCAAUGGCUCGCUUGCAUCUGUCUCGUCAGCACGACCCCGGGCUGCCGGGGACGGCCCCGUGUCUAAAUGCAUGGUCGAAUUCACCCCCGUCUCUAAGCAGCUACUUAGCGACUUCAGACCUCUCACUCCUCGGCCCAUAUACGGAACCCUAGGCCUCAUAUCUAUAAACCAGGAUGUAUUCCUAUGUGUAAUCACGCAAGCGUUACGCGUGGCGACGGUGCGUCCUGGGGAGACGGUCGAGAAGAUUGCGAGUGUCGACUUCUUCUGCCUUAAUAGCUCCGAGUACGAUAAUAUUGUAUCCCUAAAUACGUACGAGGACGAGAUAUCCGAGUCCAUGUCGCCGUAUGGCCAGAACCUCGGUCGGAGGGAAGGCGAAAUAGAAUACCCAUAUCAGGAACUGCAGAAGCUGUUAAGCAAUGGCAGUUUUUACUACAGUACAGACUUUGAUCUGACCAAUAGGCUUCAGGAUAGGCCCAUAGACUCGGACACGUUUGAUAUUGACAAUUUUGAUGAUUCCUUCUUAUGGAACUAUUUCAUGAUUAGUCCUCUAGUUCAGUUUAGAUCUCGGCUCCUAGCGCACGAGCGUGAGGCCCUCGAUGCUUCUAGGAUUUUAACAUCCGCUAUACGAGGAUUCUGUUUAACUAUGACUAUCCCCCAAAGCGCAGCGCCUUUACGGGAUGGCAGAUCCGGCCUUCCUUCCUUUCUCACUGUUAUUUCCCGCCUAUCAUGUAAACGAGCUGGCACUCGCUUCAACAGUCGAGGUAUCGACGAUGACGGGCACGUAGCCAACUUCGUGGAAACGGAAACUAUUUAUUGGAGCCCAUCUGGCGUUCUCUUUUCGUAUGCACAAGUCCGUGGCUCGGUACCAGUGUUCUGGGAGCAGACUCCGGGGCUCAUUCCUGGUCAGCAAAAGAUAACCGUCACCCGUUCAGCUGACGGGACGCAACCAGCCUUCGAUAAACAUUUUGAAGAUCUGGAACAGUCUUAUGGUGCUGUACAUAUCGUUAAUCUGCUCAGCGCAACGAAGCCGGGCGAAGCCGAGCUGACACAUCUAUUUCACUAUGGCUUAGAGCAUUGUUCACUUAGCCAUGCUGGUGAAAAGCAGUCUGCUGACCAUGCUCUGCUGCGAGAGACCGACUACGAUUUUCACAUGGAAACUAAAGCUGCAGGAUACGAAGCUGCUCGGGAAAUCCGCCGAUAUAUUGAACAUUCAGCUGACGGAUUCGCGUAUUAUCUUGCUGAGCUCACGGAUGAUAUGGCUGAUACGAAUGAACCGUCGGGCCAUCAAAGAAUGGUGGUUGUGCUUCAACAGGAAGGAGUCUUCCGGACAAAUUGCCUAGACUGUUUAGACAGGACUAAUCUAAUACAGACGUUAAUCUCACAAAUGGCUGUUGAAGCCUUCUUAAAUCAUCGUGGGGAAUAUGCUGCGUCGGAUUUCUGGAUGCGACAUUCUACUCUCUGGGCUGACAACGGCGAUGCUCUCUCCAGGAUAUAUGCCGGAACGGGAGCUCUCAAGUCUUCCUUCACAAGACAUGGCAAGAUGUCUAUAGCUGGUGCAUUUGCGGAUGUCCGGAAAAGCGCAACGAGGCUCUAUAUUAACAACUUUGCCGAUAAAGCAAGGCAGAAUACGAUUGAUAUGCUUUUGGGACGGCUAGUUGGUCAGACUCCUGUUCAUCUCUUCGACCCUAUCAGCGACUUUAUAUCUGGUGAACUCGGUAAGCGUAGUGCCGAAUAUUCAUCGACGGAAAAUAUUACGAUGUGGGUUGGGACAUUUAAUCUAAACGGCCGUACUAAUGGUAUUGACGAGGAUUUGUCCCCAUGGCUUUGCCCUCAGGAACUCGGUUCAGUGCAGCCUGAGAUAAUGGCCGUCGGAUUUCAAGAGAUCGUUGAGUUGAGCGCGCAACAAAUCAUGAAUAGCGAUCCUCGUAGAAAGCAGCUAUGGGAGCGAGCUAUCAAAAGGACGCUAAACAACCGUGCCAAACGGUUAGGAGGCGAAAGGUAUGUCCUACUUCGUAGUGGACAACUAGUUGGUGCCGCCUUGUGCAUCUUCGUAAAAGCAUCAUCACUUCCUAAAAUAAAGAACGUUGAAGGAAGUGUCAAGAAAACUGGCAUGUCUGGCAUAGCAGGAAAUAAAGGCGCGGUUGCCAUUAGGAUGGAAUAUGCGAAUACUCAACUAUGUUUCGUGACAGCUCAUCUUGCUGCCGGGUUCGCCAAUUAUGACGAGAGAAAUAAAGAUUACGCUACUAUUCAUCAUGGACUACGAUUUCAAAGAAACAGGGGUAUUGACGAUCAUGAUACUGUCGUCUGGCUUGGUGAUUUUAAUUACCGUAUUGGACUAUCGCAUGAAAAGGUCAUGGAUUUGAUUCAAAAAAAUGAUCUGGAGAAGCUCUAUGAAAAUGACCAGUUGAACCUCCAAAUGGUUGCCGGCCUUUCUUUUCCAUAUUACUCGGAGGCUAGGAUUACCUUCAUGCCAACUUAUAAAUUCGAUGUUGAUACUGACAGAUAUGAUACCUCCGAAAAAGCUCGUAUCCCGGCGUGGACGGAUCGCAUCUUACGCAAAGGCACGAAUAUAAGACAACUAUCAUAUAACUGUGCCCCCUUGCGUUUCUCGGAUCAUCGCCCGGUAUUUGCUACGUUCCAAUGCACAGUGAACAUCAUAAACGAGGCGCUUAGAGAGCAGAUCAGCCAGGAGCUGUAUGAGCGUCGCAAAGCUGAAGUCGGCCACACGGCGUCGAGUUUAAUCAGUGAGGACUCCGAAGAUGAUGAAGAUUUAAUUGGAUACGAUCCUAUCGAGCCAGGUUUGCCUCCGGCGAGCUCAGACCGACAGAGAUGGUGGCUCGAAAACGGCAAAAGGGCGCAGUCUACAGUUGGCCCACCUAAGCCUAAUAACGGGAACCGCGAUAAUUCAACUAUGAUGUUAAAUCCUAACCGUCCCUCAAACCCAUUUUCUCAAACCGAGGAACCUGAUUGGGUUGCGAUCCCCAGAUCUAAUUCAAGACUCUCGUCGUUUUCUAGUAUCUCUAGCUCACCAUAUGAGCAUAUUAACCACUCUACCCUUCUAUCAUCAUCCGCCGCAUCCAACUCCUCGCCUAGAAAGCUACCCCCGCCGUUUGAUCCAGCAACAUUACCCGUCAAAUUCGGCCAGGUCAGCUUGCUUGACGAGCAAACACCCAUACAGAGGAACGAGGCUCCACCGCCGCCUCCGCCUAGAAGGCAGACCUCCACGGGAAUUAUGCAACCUUCUCAGACGCUCACCCCGUUGGGCGUGCAAUCAGUAUCGCGAGAAGCGAAGCCUAGUGGCUUGCAACAGCCAUUACAGGCAGUACCAUCAUCCUCAUCUCAGACAUCGAAUAAGUCUAAAGCACCCCCACCUAUAGCAAGGAAACCAGUUCAUCUCAUGUCUACUUCGCCAACGACUAGUUCAGCAGUAUCCGAAAGUGGUAGCUUUAGUUCGCUCGUAGACCAGCAAACACCUAAACCAUCCAUCCCACGUAAAACUUCUAACGCUGUUUCCAAUCUGACUUCUAAACUUGAAGCUAGUAGAUCGGGGGCCUUAACGGGCGGAAUGCACAAGACAAUGACUAUGCCACUUCAUCUGGAAAGAAUUUCUUCUGACGAAUAUCCUGUUGGGGCAUCAACUCGAGUGUCUCUACCUGGAUUGGGAAACAUAGAACGCAAGCCAAACUUGCCGGCUCGCCCGCAACCACAACUACAACAUAUACAACCGCCCCGGCCAGAGGCGAGAAAAUCUACCGUCGACCUCCUAGGCGGUGACGACGGGGUCGAUGUGAACGGGUGGGAGACGUUGAAACCGAACUAG